AUGAUAGAGGAUUCCACUUUCAAAGAAGCAUCGGAAGUUCUAGCGAAACGUGGAUAUGUCAUAAAAGAACACAUAGGUAAAGGAGGCUUCGGUUCUGUUUACAGAGUUUACCAUGAAACAACAAAUCAAACAUGCGUUUGCAAAAUUUUAAGUCAAUUUGGUUCAUUUUCAAAUGAAUUACAGACACUUGUUAUGCUAAAUCAUCCAAACAUCAUUAAAUUGUAUGAACAAUUCGAUGAAAACGACAAAUUUUACUUAAUCCUUGAAGAUUGUUGCGAAGGAGAUAUUAUCAAUUAUAUGAAAACCCACAAUUGCUCCCAAGAGCAAAUCGCUUCAUUUUGCUAUCAAAUCAUUUCUGCUCUUUAUUACUUACAUAGUCAAAAUAUCAGCCAUAGAGAUAUAAAACCAUCAAAUAUUCUUGUCGAUAAGAAUGGCACUAUCAAACUUGCAGACUUUGGACUCUCAGACAAUACUUUUGGCUAUUCAAAAUCAUGCUCAGGUACAAAGUUUUAUAUGGCACCAGAAAUUUUCGACAAGAGACCUUACAAUGCAUAUAAAGCAGAUGUAUGGUCACUUGGCAUUACUCUUUAUUUUAUAAUCUUUCAAAAAUUCCCAUUUUCGAAUUCGAUGGAAUGGGUUAAAUUUGUACAAUAUGGGAUUGGUCAGAAUACAUUUCCUGAAAUUAUCGAUGGAAAUUUGGAUCAGGUGUUACGAAUGUCAAUUAUACCACAACCUCAUUUAAGGCAUACAGUAGCUGAACUCCUCAGUGAGAUAAGCAAGUGUCCUUUACUUAAUAGAAAGGAGAUAAGUUCAUUACAGUUGCAUUUAUCGGAUUCAAGGCUUAAGCAAGCAGCUAGCAUUAUGAAGCCAAGAUCGAGCCUUUUAGGAAGUUUAACAAUUUCUCGAUCAAGAUCUAAGAAUAACACAUUAACUCUUCUUCAUAUUUAA